GUGAUUUGUUUACGCAGGUGAGUUGGAUUGACUACAGUCCUCCUCCAUCAAAGACACGCAACGCUGGAAAGAAGUAGUGUAUAAGUACAUAGAUCCCCCCCUCUGUCAUCAGGUGCAUUCCGGCUGUAAUGCUUUGCUGAAGAGAGGAUGGAGCCAGCAGACCAUGCCACAGAAGUGGACCCUCUUCAGAAGGAUGGAGUUGAGGGCGGGGGUGCGGCCCCCGCAGGGCAGACCAAGAAGAGGAGUUUGGGUCUGGCCAAGCUGACUCACUGGAGGACAGCUGCUUUCUUUCUGUCCCUCUUCCUUGGCCUCACCAUUGUCUUUGCCUUCUCUUUCAUCAUCCCCUGUCCCGUCCGGCCACAGUACCUCGCCCUCUGGAAUCGCACCUUUCCUGAAGCAGCUACCUAUGAUUUCCUGGCCAUAGAGGAUGCAAGCAAAGACAAAGUAAAGGACGUGCUGUUUGUCCUCAAGGACACGGAGGGCAGUCAGAACAUCAGCUGUUUGGAUGCAGGUCUGGAGACCCCUUGUGUGUAUGUGUCGGCGUUGGCCGGGACCAGCGGGGAGACGUUAUGGGAGCGGCCGUUGGCCCCAGAGUUCCACUGGGCCCAGUGUGGUCUGGGAGACGUGGGCGGAGUCUGUCUGGUGUCCCACUCUAAACAACUAACAGCCAUCAACAAAUACACUGGAUUGGUAACAUGGACACGGCCUCAGCUUUACAACCUGCGCAGUACUCUCCCUGUCCUCAGUGUCCCAGACUUGGAUGGGGACGGCAUCAGCGACAUGGCUCUGGUGUACCCCAACCCAACACAGACUUUGCUGGUGAUUCUCUCAGGAAAGACGGGAGACCAGAUUGGUUCAGAGGUUGUUCUGGAAACAGCUGAGAUUACCUUGCAUCUCCUCCACUCAACAGGAAGAGGAUCAGAUUAUGUGCUACUCCAGAAAGACUCAGGCCUGUAUGCCAUGGCCCUGUGGAAGAUUGCAGCCCAGGCUAAGGCUGGAGUGGAGAAAGGCCUAAAGAAAGACAAGCAAUGGGAGAGCAAAGCCAGUGACUUCUCUGGCCUUGUAACGAUCUAUGAGUCUGAUUCACUGAGCCGAGUGCUGAGGACAGGGAAGCCAGGGGGGGUGUCCAACCUGCUAUUGGUCACUAGGAGCAGUGUGGAGAUGUUGGAUGGCGACAGUCUCAGCUCACUAUGGAGGGUCAACACAAGCACCAUCCUCAGUGAGCCUUCUUUUGGCCACUUCAACAAGGACGGCACACCAGACAUCGUGGUUGAGGAGGAUAUUGGAAACCGCACUAAAAGGGUUAUAAUCCUGGAUGGAAUGACCGGGGCCACUCUGUGGGAGGUCAAACUAAUGGCCAGUCCCAAUUCACCCAAGCCAGCCUCAGUCCACACCAUCAACUCCUUCUCUGUGUUUAUGUUCUGGGGGUUGAUACCCUCAGAGGUCAACUCCACGAGCCUUUCAGGUUUGGAGCGGCGCUCCUACCUGCUGUACCCCCACUACUCCAGAGUUCUCCUGGAGAAGAGCAACGUUCUGGACCACAUCAUUGCAUUUAAAGCCACCCUGUUGGAGCGGGGCCGCCACGCCUGCUACAUCCUGCUGACUGGACACGAGGGGGCAACAGGGACUGUGGUCCUCAGCAAGCGGAAGCUGAAACUGGAUGUCCCCGACAGCCGGGUUCUCCACAUUGGCUUCAUGAGCAGUCAGGACACUGACAAGGACAUCAAAGAGGCCUUCCAAAGACUGCGCUUCAGUGCCGAGUGACGGUCUGGUCUUACCAUGAAAACAGUAGCGCUAAUAUAUUUCACAACCGUUAUCGCUGUAAACAAACAAAAUGUGUAGCUAUGGGUACCGUCUCAUGAUUAGAAACAGCUUUUGUUCUGGUCACCUUUAUCUUCUCAACCAAGCACUUUUGAGCAUCGCUGCUCCAAAAUCAAAGUUCCAUUUUCUUAGCGCACAAGUGGUCAUGCCUCUUGCUGGAGGAAGACUUGGUUUAAAUACUAAUAACUGAAUUACUUGGCAAAGUACUAAUAUACCAAACCGGUAUUUUGAGGUAGCUUAAUGUAUUUAAGCACAACUAAAGGGCCACACUGUAGGCUAGUUUUUGCUCUAGCAACUUGAAGCUCUGUAAAGAUGUGUAUGCAUGAUUUUAAGUGUGGAUGAUUUGCAAAAAAAGUGGCUCUAUAUGACACGUCAUUGCCUUAUAGGUACUGUAUUAAAUGACAAUCAUAUAUACUGGUAGGUGGUACUGUGCUAUUCCAAGUUGCUGUAAAUUAGGGUCUUCUAAAUGCACAUUGACAAAACUGUAGACUUUGUACAAGGGACUCAAGCCUUGGAAAUGUAAUGUUUCUGGUUAUCUGUUUGCUGUGUGUUGAUGUUCAACUCAGGCCAAAGAUGACAGGGAGAGAGAUGAAGCUAGUAUACUUUUGCAAGUUACUCAUGGGCUACAUAAUAUAGUAGUUCAUGCUCAUAUUUCUUACAUACAUUUUUUGAAACUUUUUAUUCCUAAAAGGGGUAACUUGUAAUUUUGGUAACUAGGCCCUUAAUCGACUUCCCCAGUCAGAUUAUUUUGGAUAACAUGUUAUGCCCCUGUGUGCAGUUUGUAGGAGGUACUGUGGUGAGCUAGCAUUAGCUCAAUUGUUUACUAGCAAAAACACUAGAAUUGAGGUCUGUAGACUUCUGAUAAUUUCUCAUACUAGUUUAGAUUGGCUGGUGCAACUACCUUUAACUUCCUUCUCAAACAGUGACGUAAAAUAUAUAUCUGCAAGAUUGAUGCCCAAAUCUAAGACUCAUGAAUGGAAAGUGAGUUUUGAUUGUUUGCAUUAUAUUAAUAUAUUGAACAUUUCGACCAGG